UUGCCCAGUGACAGGAUGGAAGAGCACAAUGGCUCUGCAGAGCCUGCCCUGGCCAGCCAAGGGCGGCAGGGUGCCCUUAAGUGUGGGUGGCUGCGGAAGCAAGGAGGCUUCGUCAAGACCUGGCACACUCGCUGGUUUGUGCUCAAGGGGGACCAGCUUUACUACUUCAAAGAUGAAGAUGAAACCAAGCCCUUGGGUGCCAUCUUUCUGCCUGGCAACAGAGUGCUUGAGCAUCCCUGCAAUGAAGAAAGUCCAGGGAAGUUCCUUUUUGAAGUUGUUCCAGGGGGAGACCGAGAGCGGAUGACAGCUAAUCAUGAGACAUACCUGCUCAUGGCCAGCACCCAGAGCGACAUGGAGGACUGGGUGAGAUCCAUCCGCAGGGUGAUCUGGGCACCCUUCGGAGGAGGUAUCUUUGGGCAGAAGCUGGAGGACACGGUGCGCUAUGAGAAGCGCUUCGGCAGCCGCCUGGCGCCCAUGCUGGUGGAGCAGUGCGUGGACUUCAUCCGGCAGCGGGGGCUGAAGGAGGAGGGCCUCUUCCGCCUGCCAGGGCAGGCCAACCUGGUCAAGGAGUUGCAGGAUGCCUUUGACUGUGGAGAGAAGCCUUCUUUUGACAGCACCACGGAUGUGCACACGGUGGCGUCGCUGCUCAAGCUGUACCUGAGGGAGCUCCCGGAGCCAGUCGUUCCCUAUGCCAAGUAUGAGGAGUUCCUGUCCUGUGCCAAACUGCUCAGCAAGGAGGAGGAGAUGGGCCUUAAAGAACUGGUGAAGCAAGUGAAGAGCCUGCCAGCUGCCAAUUACAAUCUGCUGAAGUAUAUCUGCAGGUUCCUUGAUGAAGUCCAGUCCUACUCAGGCAUCAACAAAAUGAGUGUGCAAAACCUGGCCACCGUUUUUGGCCCCAACAUCCUUCGUCCCAAGGUGGAAGAUCCUCUGACUAUCAUGGAGGGCACGGUAGUAGUCCAGCAGCUCAUGUCAGUGAUGAUCAGCAAGCAUGAGGAGCUGUUUCCCAAGGACACAGACCUGCAGCUGGGACCAGAGGUGUGCAACAACAACAACACCGAAACGCCAAAGAAAGCAGCUGGGGGGCAGCUGCAGAACAAGGAGAACAACAACACCGCCAAGGAGGCUGCCGUGAGGCACUGCUCGUGGGAGAAGCCCGAGUCUCCCCAGAGGGCAAGCCUGGACGGUGAGCCUCAGCCUGCCCUGCCAGGCAGCAAGACAAACAGCCCCAGGAACAGCCUCCAGAAGGCAGAUGUCACCAGAAGCCCUCCGCUGACGGUGAAGAAAAACCCUGCCUUCAACAAGGGCAGCGGCAUCGUCACCAACGGCUCCUUCAGCAGCUCCCUGGAGGGCCCUGAGAAGAGCCAGACCUUGCCCAGCUGCAGCCUGCAGGCCAGGAGAACCUCCUCCAUCAAAGGGGCCGUGACCAAGAUGGGCACACAGAGCGUGCAGAACGGGGGGGCGAGGCUGGGGCUGGUGGGCAGCGAGGGGCACGGCAAUGCCCUGGGCGGCCGCAGCCUGGGCUGGGUCCCCAACGGCUUCGUCACGCUGAGGGACAGCAGGCAGAGGGAAGGCCUGAGCGAGGCAGGCCAGCACAACAGGCUGUCCACCUACGACAAUGUCCACCAGCAGUUCUCCGGGGGGAACUCUGAGGACAAGCAGAGCGUGGACAGCGCCACCUGGUCCACCUCCUCUUGUGAAAUAUCCCUCCCCGAGCACUCCAACUCCUGUCGCUCCUCCACCACCACUUGCCCCGAGCAGGACUUUUAUGUGGGGACCUUUGAAGACUCGGUACUGGAUGGCCCAGCCCAGGAAGACCUCUCUAACCCAGAUGAUUACGAGAACAAAAGUGACAGGAGGAGCGUGGGGGCCCACAGCAGCCGGGCCACCAGCAGCAGCGACAACGGAGAAACGUUUGUGGCCAGCAGCACCAACAACCACAGUGCUCUGCACAGCCUGGUGUCCAGCUUGAAGCAGGAGAUGGCCAAGCAAAAAGUGGAGUAUGAGACAAGGAUAAAAAGCUUGGAGCAGAGGAAUCUCAGCCUGGAGACGGAGAUGCUGGCCCUGCAUGAGGAGCUGGACCAGGAGCGGAAGAAGUUCACCAUGGUGGAGAUCAAGAUGCGCAACGCGGAGCGGGCCAAGGAGGACGCCGAGAAGAGGAAUGCCAUGCUGCAGAAGGAGAUGGAGCAGUUCUUCUCCACCUUUGGAGAGCUGACAGUGGAGUCUCGCAGGCCAGACAGGGGCAACACCAUCUGGAUCCAGUGA